GGAGGAACAUGUGACUAGCGACGGCGCACAGGAUGACGUUUCUGGCUGUCAUGACGACUAUGGAGCGUCCGGACGGCGGCCUGACAGCAGAAGAUGGCUUCUUGGAGUCGUGAUUAAGUGACUAGAAUGAUUUCCAGAUACAAAAGGAAACCAGUAUCACAGAUUUUGCACAUAAAUCAGACACUUGCAAAAGCUGCAGAGAAUCAUCCUCCUCCGGACAGAGUAGACAGUUUACCUGCAUCUCGUGGCAGUGAACGAUAUGUAGCAGCUUCUGAACAUGAAAGUAAAUCGGAGGUUUCAGAAAAUUCUGAAUUCCAGAGAAAUGACACAGAGCUGUCAUGGUCAGAAUUUCAAAGUUGUGCUGAACUCUCCACUGAUAACAGCUCAGUUAUAUCUUGGGGCUUUGAUGAGUUUGACCAGGCCGCAACACGUCAGGUGCAAAAGAUUUUCAAACAGAUUGAUGAAUUGCUCUAUGAACAGAAGGCCAGCACAUUGGUGGAGGGUCUACAGGAAGAGUGCCACCAAUGGAUGUCCUCCUUCCCACAUCUGCGAAUACAAGGCAGGCAGACCGUGGCUCCAAUUGAAGAUGGGUACAGGUGGUAUUCCAGCCAGCCCUCGGAAGCUGCUUCUUCCACAGCCUACGGUUCAACCCAUGGCAGAGAUUCCAAUGAGCUGGGCAUUUAUGGUACAAGAUUUCCACUCUCCACAACUAGUGACUCCAGCACCCCCAUGACCUUUUCCCUCUCUGGUGAAGAUGAUGAGGAGGAUGCCGUAGGUGUCAUCAUGUCAGAUGGCAUUAUGGAGGAAUAUUUGGCUUUUGACAGCCGAGAUAAGGAUGAUGAGAUCUUUGAAUGGCACCGAGUAAUGUCCUUGGACAGCCUGAAGAUGGGUUACCCCCCUAUUUCCCCAAAGUACUGCAAGAAAGAGGCUGUGUUGGCCUUUCUGUUCGAUGAUGUCUGGAGGGAAGUGGUUGGCUGUUUAGAGGAACUCAUUUGUAGACAUUGGGAAGAAUCAAUCUCGGAUGAUGACAGACAUGACAUAGCAAUUAAAACCACUAGAGUGGAGUCUCUUAAUCCGUACGCUCCUCUCCAGCGUCUUCCAUUGGUUCUUCCUCCGGUUCCACAUUCCAAAAUUCCUGCCAUCUCCCCCAAUGUGUGCUUUAAGUGCGGCCGUGUCUACAGGAAAAAGAAGAAAGGGAAAUCCUCCCAUGCCAAUCGUUCUCAAGGGGGUAGCACUACGAAUCAGCGUAACCUGAAUGAACUAAUGAUGAUUCAUGGAAUCCCUUUACAGCAGAGGAAUAUCCAUCUUAUGGACAAAGUCCUAGAUUCUGAUGACAAGUCAAACAUUAGACCCACUUCUGCCGCUGUAAUCUCUGGGAAACCACGGCCAGGCCGACCGCUGGAACACAGUACCUCUUCAUUGUCUCAUAACGUCCCUUCAGCAAGACGGCGUAACCCUCCACGAACUCUACACCCAAUCAAUAAUAAUCCUAAUAAUUCCAGGUCUGGGACACCAAAAAUGGAAGAAGUCAUCAGGGGAACAAGACUUCAAACUGCAAAUGACCAGCUGCCCUGCUCCCCAGUUCCAUUCAACCGAAAUAAUCUGCUCCCACCUAUCGGUACCUCAGAUACAGAAUACCACUACUUGCCUGGAUCACAGAGACAAACGCCAGAAAACCCCCUGGGAAGAUCAUUUGUAAAUUUAGACCACCCAAAUCUACUUCGCCCAAGGAGAGGGUCUGAUGAAAUAGAUUCCAUUAGCAUUGGUGUGACUGGCAUUGGUUUGGGUAUUGGCAGUUCAUCAGCCAGUUCAGUGCAAUGGAGCCAUUCAAUCUAUGAGCGGAAAGACAACAGCGAAGAGCUACACUCAGGUAACCCACUCCACCUAACACUCAAAUCUCAAAGUCGUGGUGGAGCCCUUGCAAGAAGCAGACAAGGACUAUAAAUAGACUAAUGCAUGGCACAUGGGAUUAGUCCUUCACAGGAUAAAGACAUAAUUUAGCAGAUGCCAAAUUGUAGAACUGUGUACAGCACAGCUUAUGAACGGCAGGAUUGUCACUAGUCGGACAGCUAGUUGAUCAGAUGUUAAACCAAUACGAUUAGAGUGCUUACUCAGUCACACUCCACUAGCUGCUGCAUCAAGCAAUACAUUUAUACUCAGGAUAGCCUGGAUGUUAAGAAAUAUAUAUGUUCAAAACUACAACCCAGUUUUAGACAGAAGUUAUUAAUGGGUUAAGAGAGUUGAAAAGAAUGAGAAUUGUUCUUGUAUAAUAUGGUCAGAGCAAUGCUGGAAAACAAGGUUUGAAUCCCUAUUGGUGUACCUGUUGGAUCACAAAACUCAAUGUUGCCCAGCUCGAAGGCAAAUGAAUUUGUUCACAUAAAGUGAACCUGUGCUUUUCCUAUGCAGAGCUAAUCAACAACUUCACCUAAUACUGUCCUCCCUUUCCUUUAUACUUACCUUCAUUUAUUUUAUCCUAGAGAAGCAAAGCCAUAAAAUCAUUUGUAAAAAUGCAGGUGGGCACAUUCCUAUCCACCUCCAUUGAUUUGACCGGCUUUGUGUGUUCUGCGGAACGAAUGAUAAAUUGAAAGGUUAAUGUGUUUCCCGUCCGAACU